AUUGAGAAAACCAGCAUGGCGGAGUAUUUGGCCUCGAUCUUUGGAACAGAAAAGGACAAGUAAGGAAAUUAUGAGCGAUCUUUCAUAUAUUUUUGAGCUUUUCUAGAUAAAUUUUGUCUUUUAGAAACUAACUUUUGCUUAGUUGUGUUAAAAUUACUUUGUUGUUUCUUAGAAAAUGUGCAACACCGCAGAGUAAAAUGUGUGCCAUCUGACUUUUCGAAUUCUUUUCAUCCAAUCGACUUAUAUCAUCUUUACGCGAAGAUUCUGAAGUGAAUUUUCAGCCUUACGCAGUUAUCUUACCAAGUUGUAUCACUAAGAAAGACUAGAAGACUGUAAAUUAAGAUUUAAACGUGGAAAUGUUUGGUAAAUUAAAACUUAGCUUAGAUAUCGGCACGGUACAAAUGAUGGGUUCAAGUGAUCGUGAUAAUUGAUAGUGAUCUACGACGUACUGCAUAUAUUUUCAAGGAGAUUGUAUUUAUUUUCUCGUAGCAUUGGUUAUCAUGGAAAGAUUUUCGUAUAACCCCAUACUGUUUUAAAAUAAAGCCAUAGUCUCAAAGGCAAGAACUGUCUGUAUAAUCAAGUGAGAGGUUGUGCGGCAAUCUUGCCAAAUUUAGAUCUCCUAGCAUUCUCAAGUUUUUAUUUUGAUUGGAUUGUUGAUAUUCUCUUCAGAGUAAAUUGUUCUUUCUACUUCAAAAUUGGUGCAUGUCGCCAUGGAGAACGUUGUUCAAGGCUCCACAACAAACCAACAUUCAGUCAGGUGAGCUGUUAAUUCCAUUGUUUGCCAUCUGUUUCUUAGUCUGCCCAUGAUUGUUUUCAUAGGGGUGAAAAGUAAAUCUCAUUGUAAGUGACAAUUUUUUAUGUAGUUGUUGCAUUUAUAACACUGGGGACAUGCCUCUGCAAGACUCGUUUCUCAUUCAAAUUUCAUAAAUUUGCUAUUCCAAGUGCCAAAAGUUAUAUUUUAAAGCUCUGCCUACUAUUCUAACAUGAAUAACUAAUUUUCUGAAUCAACUGAUAUUUUUACUGGUCAUGGAACAUCCUAACCACAAACACUUACCAUUUGACCUGUGAAGCCAACCACAGAGUCAGUCGUAAAAAUCACAGUUCACUAAUAUAGAGGAGAGAAAGAAGUUUAAAUGACUCAAACUGAAGACAUUUUCUUGUUUUAUAAUUUAUUCUAUGCCUUACUAACUAUCUUGUUCAUGUUAACUGUUCCUUCUCCUCCAGACCAUUUUACUUCAAAACAUGUAUCAGAAUCCACAGAGUGCAGCUCAGGUUGCUGAUGGGACAAGUGAGUUCAUAUUAAAGCUGUAAAAUGCUUUUUAAGUUAUUCCUUUAAAUUUAAGUUUCACCACAGUGUACUUUUAACAAUGUUUUGGUUUGCAGAAUAUGGAAUACAUCUUGCAUGACUUCGCUGGAAAGCAAACCUUUACUUUGUCUCAUUAUUGCAGGUAGUGCCAUUUCUGAUGUAGAGGCUCAGGAACAUUAUGACAGAUUCUUUGAGGUUUGGCUUAAAUACAGUAUAAAGUGAAAACAUUCUUCUUUCACAUUUUUACGAUUUAUAAGCAGGCAAAAACUAAUAUCAUUCAGUGGCAAAUAAAUUGUACCAUCCUUAAUCAAUAUUGUUUUUCUUACACAGGAUGUUUUUUUGGAGCUUGAAGAAAAGGUAUGUAAAAUACUUGAUUAUUUGUUAUUAACAAGCUAAUUUUAAGUCUUGGUAUUGUUUUUUCAUGGGCACCAUCCUCCUUUUCCUCUUAUUGAGUAGGAACAGGCUUGAAUUUUUUUCUUCAUCUUUCCUCCUAGCUUUAAUGGAAAAAGGAGAACCAUAUUUAGUUUUAAAAGUACUAUACAUACUCGGUUAAGUUUUUCAUCUUGUGCUUUUUAAGAAGGCUACUUGUAAACAAAACUUAAAUGAAAUUUGUAUUAACUUGAUAACUGGUAAUCCUGACAUUUUUGUAGUAUGGUGAAAUUGAGGAGAUGAACGUAUGUGAUAAUCUGGGAGACCAUCUAGUUGGAAAUGUGUAUGUCAAGUUUCGCUAUGAAGAAGAUGCAGAAAAAGCUGUCAAUGAUCUGGACAAUCGUUGGUACAAUGGUGAGAUUUAAAAUCUUACUUUAAUUGCCUUUAAACAAUACAUAUUAAGAACAAUAAAUUCUUACUUCCUAUAUUAGCCAGAGUGUUCUUGUAAAGAGAUUACCUAGCCACUGUAGUGCAUAAGUGUGUAACAGUUUUCAUUCUUUGUAGGUCAACCCAUUUAUGCUGAGUUAUCUCCAGUCACUGAUUUCAGGUAAUGUGAAUCUUCUUUAAGCCUGGUCUUCAUAUCACUGUAUGUUUCCAAAAUCCCAGAUGAUCAGUAAUUUCACUGUUUUGCAACCAUCCCAGUGUUUCUGACUAAUGAAAACUUGAAAUUGUAAACUUCCCCAACUGUCUGGGAUGGUCAGCAACACAUUAAGAAAAUCAGGAGCAUUUUCAUUUUCCUGAUGCUUCCUAGAUUGCUGUGAUGAUUGAUGGUCAUUAUUAAUGAUUUCAACAAAGGUUUGGUUUCAAAUCAUCAAUGGUCUAAUAUUCAUACAAGAAGCCAUUACAGUCAUUGUAGACCAGUAUGUUCAUGUGGUCAUGCACGAACCUCACAAAGCAUUUUGUCUUCUCUUUACAGGGAGGCAUGUUGCAGACAGUAUGAAAUGGGGUAAGUACCAGACUGUCAUCUUAUUGAUUAGCUUGAUAUUUUGUUGUCACUGAAAGAUACUGUGCAGUGUAAUAAGUUAGAAGCAUUUCUGUGAUGUUAUCAACUGUUUAGAAUUAUGGUUACAAAUAUUUGGUCCAUUGUCAUACAUGAAUGUUACUUUUAAGUUGCUAUACUCAGCAAUUUGAUGGAUUAAAUCAAAUAUUCUGUAGGGUUACUUGUAAUGAAACCUUAACCAGUGCCAAAUGUUAAAAUUCUUCAACUUGCUUUUUUUAUGACCUCUCCAGAAAGGCUGGCGUAUAUUUGCCAGUGGACAUAUCACUGCAGACUACAUGUAUGCUUAGGUGCUACACUGUAAGGCUAUUUAAGCUCUUGUACAACCUCAUUUGCGUAGUUCAUGUAAAAGCAUUAAAGCGUAGCUGACAGUGUCUGACUGUAUGAUCCCAUGAUCUGUUAUGCAGUGAAUGCACACGAGGAGGGUUUUGUAACUUCAUGCAUCUGAGACCAAUCUCAAGGGACAGCCGGUAAGCCUGUUGUUCACUGCGUUAAAUCCAUUUGAUAGAAGUCUUCUUGUAUGUUCCUAGAGAAUGUUCUCGAGGCGGGUUUUGUAACUUCAUGCACAUGCGGCCCAUUUCAGGAAUACUGCGGUGAGUUUUUAGGUUGACACAGGUGGAGAGAAAACAGAGAAUUUUACCGUAAGUUUUGCCAGGAAAUGCUGGAAAAUUACGUCCUACACAAUUAUGAGAAUACAAUUUAUAUAUGGACAAUUUUGGUUAGCUCCACCAAGGCAUUUCCAACAUCAGCAGAACCUUUGAUUCAACAUAAAUUCCAAGCAGCAUCAGAAAAUGAAAGUCCUUGUAUUUACAAUGCCCUCCCCCCCCCCUCUCCUUGCACAAAUAUAUUGCUGAUUAGUAUCACUGGGCAAAUAGAGUGAAUUAGUCCUUUUGUUAGGUGGCUUGUUCCAAAUCAAAUCCAUCUUGGAUCAAGAGUUUUAUUAGUGGUUCCAAACAUCUGAAUUUUGAGGGGCCCUCAAACAAGUUUGUAAUGAUGACCAGAUCCUUUUUGAAGAAAUUGAUGCAGACUCAUUAAGUAUACUUUUUUCUUACUGGGCCUUUGAGGAGUGUUUUCUACAGAUUCCCAAUAUGUUUAACGUCAGUUCCAAUUCAAAAUUCAUUCUUUAAUGGCAAUUACAUUAUUAAUAGAGAUAACUCGCUGAUCAAAUGUAGGUGAUUUGGCUGUCAACAGUUUGCUGGUGCAUAUACUGCAAGAACAUUCUUAUAUUUGAAGUCUUCAUGUGUGUUUUUUUUUUUCUCUUCUUUAAUAAUUGGAUGGUUUGAGUUUAAAUUGAAAGUUACCAAACUCUCAAUUCAAAAACAAGUAAUGGGUACAGGAUGUUUGUUUAUCAACAAAAAAUAUUCUAUCUGCUGCGUGUUCUUUAAAAAUGUGUUGUUCAAAUAGUGAGCCACCAAACUUGUUAUGAUUACACCAAAGAAGAAUCUCAGUGUCCACACUGAGAUGAAAACAACAUUAAGAUCUGUUCUCUAAUUACAAACAAUGACAAACAACCCUGCAGUCUUUCCACUGAGCUACAAGAAAAAGGGUGUUUUCAGAGGUUUCCAGCUCUUCAUCAUUUUGAGCUCCUUUAAUCAUUGUCUGCUUCAAAUCCUGUGCUUUUCUCUUUUUUUUUUUCAAAACAUUUUUUAUCAAUGUAAAGUGUUGCCUAUUUAUUUUUCAGUGAAAAAUACAUGCAUCAAUCUCCUGAAGUUGUGGGUUGCUUCCUUAAAAGCUUUCCAACCAGUGAUAUUUACUGUAGCAUCACUGUCACGUUGGUUACAACACACAUAUUACUAAUAGUGUUUACCUUCUUUAUACAGACGAGAGCUGUAUGGCCGUAACCGGCGGAACAGGAGAAAGUAUGUGUUAUUCUUUUUCUUUUUUUGUGUACAAUGAUUGAAUAUUCCUAUCCAGACUUGAAACUUCAACUCAAUACACAGUUAAGAGACUCCUCACUAAAUUCUGAACACUUGAACUUUCUGUGAUAGUACUAGUUUGAUGAAGAGUUGUCUCCUAGCCCUCAUACUUCUUUCUCAGUACUGUAAGAGUAACUGCAGGUUUGAUUGGGAACAAUGGUGUUUAGGUUUGAUUUGACGCCCAGCAUCCAUCUAUCUGCAAUAAUGGCUCUGCUAACUUGCUUGCAAAAUUCCAUAUGAAAUACCUCUGUAUUUCAUAUUAGGGGGCUCGAUGUUAUUACCAAACAAUUUGUGCCCCAACAGUAUUCUGUAACCUCAAAUAUUGCCUGCAUAUAAAUUGACAAGACUCUACUACACUCACCUGCAUACUGGUACUAUCAAAAGCAUCCUUAAUUUGUCUUGUUGCGACAGCUGUGCGGCAAGUCCUUAUUUGAUGUUAUACUUAAGAACCCUUGUUAUUUCCUAUUUGAUAUUAAUUUUUAUUAUUAUCUUUUCAAUUAACCCAAUGCAUUUUAAUGUUAUUUAAAGCCCCAUCCUCUCAGCCACUAAGUGCAGAGAAAAAAAUGAAUAACCAGAUCGAGCCACAGCAUGUGAAGUGAACAUUUCUAUCUAUUUAUCUUUAUUUAUUAGAGGUGCUGGAGGUGCUGGUGCUGCUGGUGCUCCUGGCGGAAAAGAAACACCACCACGGUUUGUAAAAAUAAGAAACGGUCACAAAGAUUUGUUAUGUGAAACGUUGUGUUCUACAAUCAUUCCUCCUUGUCAAAGCUUAAAAAUUAUCAAUUUGGUCACCUUAAAGAAAAAAAAUUAUGUUUGGGAAAUUAUUGAUGUACAGACCAAAAACUCCCUGUUUAAAACACUGCUUUUCAAGUAAUAAACGGAUUUCAUUGCAUUUACUAUUACUGCAUCCAAUCAUCCGGCUCUCUUUUAGUGUGAUGAUAUGUCUCUGUCCUUAAGAUCACUUUAGUUUGAUUUUCUUUAAGAUUUUUCUUCCUUAUUGAUUAUGUUCAUACACUUUUUAGUAAAGUUUCACUGCAACGGUUCCGUUAGUCUCUGUAAAUAAGGCCCCAUGAAACUCAGUUCUGUAAAAGAUUCUCAUUUUAUCCCCUAUGUUCUCCGACUUCAUCUCUCUUCUAUUCCUGGCGUGUACGACACUCGCUUUCCAUUUGAGCUCUGAAAUGAAUCAUAGAUAUACAUACAAAAAAAGCAUCAGCAGCAGCCUAAAAGUUACAGCCAAGUUGUGCUUCUUUUUCUUCUUAAAUGUUGAAGAAUGGGAAGUUUGACCCCCAGAAGUAAUGUUAGUAGACAAAGCUGUCCAUUAACCUAAAUAUUGUCAGAUUACUUUGAUAUUUUAGAUUUUUUUAUUACUUAGAACGAAGAACCUUUUAUGAAUUGAAAAAAGCUCAGAUCACAGUAGAAUAUUAAGAUUGUGCAAUACCUAGGUCCUGGGACACUCUAUGUUACGCUAGAGGUUCUAUAAGUAUCCUGCAGUUGUAUUGGUUUUGCCCAAUUUAUACCGUUGUCAGAGAGCGCGGAUUCUCCAUCUCUUCUACAGACCAGUCUUGCAAGCACGGAAAGCUUUAAAUCAGGUGUAUCCUUGAGGAAGCUUAGAAUAUUUUUAUGUCUCACGCUCGUAAAAAAACUUUGAACGUGAGUGUGCGUGAUCGUCAUUUUUCCCUCGUAGUUAAAGGGUUACCCCUAGGAGUAAUAUAUGGAUCCAAGUUAAAAUAAGAAAUCAACGAUUUUGUUUUGGAUUUUAGGUCUCGUUCGCCCUCGCCUCCAUACACUCGUCGUUCUCGAUCCAGGUCUCCACCCCGUCGCCGAUCCAGAUCCCCUCCACGCCGGGAUAGAUCCCGUUCACCGCCACGCCGCGAUAGAUCGCCACGUGAUCGUGAUAGAAGAGGUCGACACUGAACUGACGUACCGUCACAUGACCGUAACAGAAGUGUUAGACACAAUACCAUGAAGAAAUUUUGUUAUUUUGUAUUGUAUAAGUCGUUAGAACCAUGACCCCAGUUACGGUCACAUGGCGUUUUACAAACUCUUUCUCACUCCCUGUAGGAGCUUUGUCAGUUUUAAAGUAGGUAACACCUUAAUUGAUGCGAGAGACACCUGGCCUAAUUACUUCUUAACCAGUGGCUAUCUUUCCUAGCAAAUUAUUACGUACCUGAACGCAUCAGUUGUUCUCAGAAGGUUGCAAAACUGAAAAUUGUUACGAGGAAGAAACAAGAUGAACUAGUGUUUAAUUUGUAAGUUACAAACGGUGUGGGUUUCUUUUUUAGUGUUACCAUCGUUGUUUCGUUUUCUUUUUGAUCCCUGAUAAUCAUCUCCAUCUUUAAACUUCUUCAUUCUAUUCUGUGGAAACAAAUAUAUUCCAUUUUGCCGCAAUUCUGAAAAGUGAUAGAUCACAAAAGAUGUCAUAAUGUGGCAAAAAAGAUCAGUGACACAGGCAGCUUUGUCUCGUGAGCCACUUUCUCGUUUUUACCACAUUUUUACGUCAUCUCUGAUCUAUUAUUACAGAACAGACGCACGGUAUCAUGGAAUCUAUCUGUUAAAUAGAUAUCGUGACGUAUUUCCCACAAUGAUUCUGAGUGUGAUUUGUCCGAUAACUGACUUGUGUAAUUAUUGAAGGAAAUUGAGGUUUCAUCGCUCUAACUCUUAGUUGUCUUGUAAGAAAGAUGCUAGCACUUGUGAGAAGCCAAAGGAAGCGAGAAAAAGGUCAAACUCGAUUUACGGAUUAAGAUUAUUGCUUUUACACCCAUUUGAGCU